CCUCGUUGUGCCUCGCAUUGGCUUGCGCCAUAGGAUGAGUAACUGUUCCAAUAAGGAGGCGAUUUUGGUGGAGCUCAAGGGAUCCCUAAGGGAUUUCGUUGGCGGAUACUUCGCCAAAAGGAGCUUGCGAGGAGGCUUUGUGGCGCAUCAGAAGGAACUGGUGGAGGAGUUGAAGGAUUCCGACUUUUUCGACGCCAAUGUGAUCCGCGAAUGCCCAAAUAAACUCCCGAUCGACGCCUUGGCAGAAAGUAUACUCCAUUCUUCCAAGAUUUUCAAUUAGAGGAGUUCUCAUGUCAAAAAGUGUGCACAAUUUGACACGAAUUCAUGUAAAAGUUUACAUGAAACUUGACACGAAACCAUGUGGUGGAGUAGAUAUUUUAGCUACGACUACACUAUCCAUUUUCGCAUGGAGUAGAUAUUUUAGAUACGACUACACGCUUUGACUAAGAUGAACUGUUAUGGGAAAUCGUUGGAAUCUAGUGGUGAUUGACUUGAAAAACCGCGAUCGACCCUUGACAUGAAACUUGCGCAAAGAGUGCGCAUUUUUUGACCACAUUUUUGACCCUCAAUUUGAACCCACAAACUUCAGGUAACCCCUUGACCCCGAUCGUCCGCAUGCGUUGGUUCGGUGAUUUUUUCGUUGAAACGUGGGCUUCGAGAUUUGCCGGUCGGACUCGUUUGGUUUUGAAGAAGAUGCUUGACGAAGAAACUGGGCAUACGAUGAGAGCACUGGCAGAUGAUGAGAUAGCUGAUGAUCCAGAGAUGCAAAAUGUUGACGCUGCUGAUAUUGGUCCUUUUCCAGUCGCUCCAGUCGAUGACGGCAUGUUGCUUGGUGAGCAGCUUAACGCUGAGGCGCCACAAGCUCUAGUUGCGCAAGAAAACGUGGAGCCAAAUAGACCAGAAGUUGCUCCGCUACUAGACGACCAAGAGGCAUCGACGCGCACUGAUCGCGCUAAGACCCAGCGACUACUAGCAGCAGUUGAAAAGUACUUGUCGAACCGCGAAGCCGCAACGCAUUGGCGAGAGGUGCGCUCCUUCUUGUUCGGCUUUCAUCUUUUACAUCUUCGCUACACCUUCGGACAACAGUACCACGAUGGCUUUGGGGAUAAGGAGCAGGAAGUCCUUCGUGAGUUCCCCGAGCUUGCAGUCACAACAGGACACCACGCUUUCCUGUUGAAUGCUUCCAAGUUGUUGCCCGACAUCUUAGAGAAGGCCAUCGCCGACUCGUUUCACAUGAUGUGGAAUAAAGACCAACUAGUUCGCAGCUGGAAGUUCGUUACACUAGUAGCCCGAUUUUUACUCUACGAACUUUAUGAUCCGGAUUUUAAUCUCUGGAAUACGAUUCUGCUGCGAGACAACAAGCUUCAUCCUCGUGCUGUUCGGGUAUAUCCGAAGAUGUUCGAUGAUCUCAAACGAGAUCUGAGCGAAGUGGCGAAGCACAUGGUGUACAACUUGAAGCACACGGUCGAGGAGAUUACUACUCUGCAGAAGAUGUGUCGGCGAGCUAUUAUGGGAGGGCCAACAUCUGACUCGGAGAUUGAAGUUCCUUGGGCCAGUGUCACCACCGCAGAUGGCCGCAUGCGAGCUCUCGAGAACAAGUUCCGCCUUAGUUUCAAGGUGCUGGAGUCGUUGUACCGCUCCAAGCUCUACCACUUGAUUCCGCCGAUCGGUGGCGCGGACUAUGAGAAGAUGAUCGACGUGGAGGAAAUCCGACCUGUCCUGGAGAGAGCCAUCGAUGUGAACAAAUUCAAGAAGGUCCUGAACGACAUGCACGGCGAGGUCAAGUCGCGCGAUGACCUCUUCAAGAAAGCAGAAGACAUGAAGUUGUCGGACUGCAAGUCCGCUGCGAUGACUCCUAUGUUCGACGAGGCGAAGAGACAGGCCAAGAGCGAGAGUCUCUGUGUUCAUCCAACCAACUACUACAUUCCAGGAAUGGAAGUCUUGGCCUACAUGUCUUUCCAAGAUCAUUCUCCUGGUGAUGACUUCGCUGUCGGAUACCAGAUAGGCAAGAUAGUAGACGACAACAUGAGGUUCCGGCAUUGGCGGAAGCGAGGCGUGCCAUUUUGCCUCUUUGAUCAUCUUACCGAAAAGUGGACCAUGGUAGUAGAAGUUGGUGGUAUCUGGUCUGGGUGGCUCAUGAGGAUGAACAAAGAACUAAAAGUACUCGAACUAGUAGAAGAGAAGGGCAGACGCCAGCUGAUGGCUGGCCUAACAUCAAUGUGCGGCGUCAUCAUGGACUACGAUGCGAUCACCUUCAAGAACGGCCGUGUGCAGGUUUCCUAUCGCAAGCCCAUCUUGGACUUCACGGAUGCUGCCCUAGAAUGUGUCGAUGCUUUUCCCGUCUCGUUGCUCGGUCCGGCAAUCGAGUGGUUCUCGGAGAUGAAGUUAGGAGUCCAGUCUUACCCUCCGGAGCAGAAGCUGCGAGAUGCAUUGAGGAAGGUCCUUCAAUGUGAUGACACUCGCGAAAUCAAGAAGAUCUUGGAGGAGCUUCUUCAAGGAGUGGUAGAAGAUUUUGGCUGUAUCGAGCCAAUGCGUAAGAAGCGCAGAGUAGUUGCAGGAGAUGGCAAUCCUAGUGCGGACCAGGCAGCUGAUCGCGCUGCGCGUCGUCGAUUGGGAUUUGUUCAGAAUCCAGUCUACUGGGAGGCGUCUUGUCCUCUUUGUCACUCCAUCUUGUUUCGUACACACAAGAGUGAACGGCGCGCCAAUAGUCAAGGGAGGCACUUGUACUGCAGGUGGACGAAGGCUCUGAACUUCAGCAAAGACGAUAAGAACAAGCCACAAGCUUCUACCUUUUGGGCACAACAAGAAGACCCCAUCGAAAUCAUCAACUCCAUCUUCUGUCCCCCAAUCAUCAACUACCACAAAGAAACACUCUGCCCCAAUGUGGCAACUCUUGUAGUAAAGGAGAUGAAGCGAAAUAUCCCGAACGCAGCAGGAGGUGAGCUGGGCGAAGAAAGCUCGCCCAGUCGCAGCAGGCAACUCGAAGCCAGCAACUUGUUCGAUGAAGAUAUGGCAGGCGCUCCAGCCGAAGAGAACCUGGAGGCCAGUGGUUUGCUUCUCGACUAGAUGCACAGAGAACUUCGGCUCUCGGACAGGUCUGGUUCGCUGGGCCUCGAUCGCUUCAACUGCGACAGGUGUGCUCGCCUGAUUUUGGUAGAAAGUUUAAUUUGCUCGCAUCAGUUCUAAUCGCAAACGUGUAUUCUCGGGCGUUAUGAUGAGACUCAAUUUGAUAUGUCAUCUAAAAAAUUUUUAUGGGAGCCAGCUUGUUCCUUGGCUGUUGAAGUUCGACUCUCUCAGGCUCUUGAUAAGUGUCGCGGUUACAAAUGAAACUGCAAGCAUUCUAGCCCACGAAUCUACUCCCAAGCCUCUCAUUCUCUUAUUAGGGCUCUCGCGUUUAUGUCUAGAAACGGACAGCCAUCGAGGUUACUCGCCCAAAAACAAUGACGGAUAGUAAUCAGAUCUUCCUGAACGCUCAGGUCUAUCAUAAUUCAAGCAGUCACUGUCUCCAUGUUAUCGCGCAAGCCAAUGUAUCUAGAUCUCAAAUGAAGCUGCACCUUAUGAACUUUCAAAGAUGGUCAAACAGGUCCGCUACUUAGAAUGCACGGCAUCAACGAGACCAGCAUCAAAGAAUAUACUUGAUGGAAGCAAAUGAGUUCGCUCCCCCUAGCAAG